UUUUCAAGUUAAAACACUACAAGGAACCUCCACACUCUAUUACAGCAAAGGACAAAUCUCUCUCUCUCUCUCUCUCGUCUGUUUAGAGAACAAGACAUGAAUGUUCUUGGUCUGUUAUUGCUCAUGUGGGCAUUGUUAAAUACAUCUUUGUUUUUCUUGCUUGAUGCCAGAGGUGAGUCAACUCCUUCCACCAUUUCUGCCUCUCCUCUUCCUAAGAAACAUAAACCCAAACCCAUGUUUCUCUUCUCUUCAAAAAUGCAAGCUCAAUCUCCAGGAAUGCCUUUGGUUCCUGUGGUUGAAGAAGUGCACCACCAAGAUUUGAAUAAGAAAAUCCUGAUAGCACUAGUUGUUGCUUCCACUCUCCUUGGUGGAAUAGUGUUGUUUUUCUCAUGUUUCUGGAUCUACAGACUGAAAAAAUCUAGGAAAUGCAGGGCCAAAAGUAAAGGCGAUGAUGUAGCUAAAAGGCAUUCGCCGAGUCUGAUUGGGGAUAAAUUUAAUCUCUUGAGGAUGGCUGGGAAGAAGGGUUCAGUUGCAGUUAUGGAAUAUCAGUUGUUGCAAGCAGCAACAAACAAUUUCCGGGAAGAUAAUGUUCUAGGACAAGGUGGUCAUGGAUGUGUCUAUAAAGCUCGUUUCAGUGAAAAACUCCUUGCAGCUGUGAAGAGAUUUGAAGGUGAAGCACAGGACAUUGGAAGAGAAUUUGAGAACGAGCUGAAUUGGUUAACGAAAAUUCAGCACCAAAACAUAAUUUCUCUUUUAGGUUACUGCCUUCAUGGUGAAACAAGGUUUCUUGUGUAUGAAAUGAUGCAGAAUGGGUCUUUGGAAAGUCAAUUGCAUGGACCAACACAUGGAUCAGCAUUAACAUGGCAUCUGCGAAUGAAAAUUGCUGUUGACGUUGCAAGAGGACUAGAGUAUCUUCAUGAGCAUUGCAAUCCUCCUGUUGUCCAUAGAGAUCUAAAGUCAUCUAACAUUCUUCUGGAUUCGAGCUUCAAUGCAAAGCUUUCAGACUUUGGCCUUGCUGUAACAUCUGGGAUCCAAAGCAAGAACAUAGAGCUUUCAGGAACUUUAGGUUAUGUAGCACCAGAGUACCUUUUGGAUGGUAAACUAACUGAUAAAAGUGAUGUCUAUGCUUUUGGAGUUGUCCUUCUGGAACUCCUGAUAGGAAGAAAACCAGUGGAACAGAUGUCUCCAGAUCAAUGUCAGUCUAUAGUCUCAUGGGCCAUGCCUCAGUUCACUGACAGAUCGAAGCUUCCAAACAUUGUGGAUCCUGUUAUCAAAGACACUAUGGAUUUAAAACACUUAUACCAGGUAGCUGCGGUGGCAGUAUUAUGUGUGCAACAAGAACCAAGUUACAGGCCAUUGAUAACAGAUGUCCUUCAUUCCCUCAUCCCUCUCGUACCUCUCGAGCUUGGAGGGUCACUAAGAGUUACAGAACCUGUUCCUCUUGCUCUGCCUUCGCACUGAUGACUUGAGGAUAACCCAAACUGACAGCUUCCUUUGUAUAUUCAGAUGUGUGAAAGUCAUUAGAGAAAAGAUUUUUGUUUUUCAUUGUUACAGUUGUAAAUUGAAUUGAAUUGAAUUUUAAGAUGAGUUUUUGGCAAGCAGCAUCUUCAACUUUUGGAUCUAUCAGCAACACAUUUUUCCAAGGUUUAGCAAGAUGCCCUCUUAUCAGAUGAAAUGGAGGGUUGUAGCCGGUAAAGGGCAGUAAUAUAGGAGUUGUGAGAUUAUAAUUUUUCCCAGACGAGCAUGUUUCAUUCUAACAAUCGUUAUUGAUCAGCAGACAUUGUUCUAUCCUUCUGUUAUGCGAUAUUUAAUGCAAGACAUGACUUUUCCUCA